AUUUACAGUUUUAUGCCGAGAGAAAAUGGGUAUAGAGAAAGGUUACAUCAAACAAAGUAUGAUUACAGUUUCAUCAUCACGUGACGGCAACGUAAGCCCGCAUAACUCCGCCCUCAACAGUCCGGGGGCGUGGCUUGCAAACAGAAAUGAUGGAACUCAAUAUAUCCAGGUGAAAUUUCUGUCUCCACAAAUCCUGACUGGUCUGAUUACCCAAGGAAAUGCACAGACUAAUUCCUUUGUUACAUCGUACGCAAUCUACUUCUCUAGUGAUGGAUUCCAAUGGACACCAUACACUGAAGUUGGACAUGAAAAGGUGUUUCAAGCUAACACAGACGGACAUUCCAAAGCAACCAACUGGUUCGAGCAUGCUAUUCGGGCGCAAUAUAUCAGAGUUGUACCAAGAACUUGGCAGGGAGGAAUAACAAUGAGACUCGAAUUACUUGGUUGUUAUCAGGGUUCUACAACCAUUUUACCGCCGCCGACAAGACAGCCUCAUCCGUCGUCAACCACUAAUAGUACCAACGCUCAUCACGAAACGACACAACCAGUCAAUACAACUGGAUAUAGUCACUUGACCCCCUGUUUUCACGGUUUAGAUAUAUCUGCCUGUCCGACAGAGGGUUGUGAAGACGGAUUGUUUUGUGACGGUCUGAAAUGUGUGAAGAAAGAAGAAUGCACUUGUAUGGUCGACGGUCAAAUAGUUCUGCCUGGGAGAUUCAAGGAAAGUAGCACUUGUGACACGUGCAGGUGUGUAGCUGGUGAGAUCACGUGCUCACCUUUCAGAUGUCCUCAAUGCGAUCACGGCCUUUCUAUGAGUGUUAACAAAACAACAUGCGAGUGUGGGUGCGAAGCCUGCGAAAUAGGUCAAUACCGUUGUGGAAGUGGAGUGUGUAUUGCCAACAGUCACCGGUGUGAUGGAAUCAUAGAUUGUAUAGAUGACGAAAUUGGCUGUGCAUCUACACCAAUGUUUACACCUCCACUUGGCAACACGGCAACCCCGACGAUCGAGCCCCACACCGGUAUGCACGACAACCCAACCACAAAACAGCAUUCUACUAUUACUCAGGAGCCGGCGCCAUGUGAAAGUCGAUGGUCGGCUUUCUUCAACCGUGACAAACCUGACACCGGUGACGGAGACAGGGAGAUGCUGUCAAAGAAUGAACUUAAUUCUUUCUGUGGAAAUGGAAAAAUAACAGGGAUUGAAUGUGCAACUUCUAAUGGUAUACCGUCAUACAGUACAGGGGAGAUUAUGCAGUGUAGUAUCGAGGGCGGUUCUGUCUGCCUGAACGACGAUAAUUUCCCUGUACCAUGCAGUGACUACAAGAUCAGAUACUUUUGUACCUGUGCCGAGUCUACAACAAUUGCACCUGGACCGGAAACAACUGCCACACCGGUAUCGGAGACAAGUGGCACAGUUCCUAUUAUUUGGCCUACAACUGAUCAUAACCUUUCACCAAACCGAACCUCAACAAAUGCAGUUCCAUCAGUCACAGAAAGGACAAACUUGUGUGGCCCAUCCAACAGACAAAUAGGGUCACAGUUACCGUUCCAAAACAGUUCUCAACAGACAAUUUAUGGGGUCAACAGUUACCGUUCAAACAGUUCCCCAACAGACAAAUAUGGGUCACCAGUUACCGUUCCAAACAGUUCCUCAACAGUUACAGGUUCCACAACUGCGACCCCAGUAAUCGCUAAGAGCAGCACGGUUACUGCCCCUGUUUUCUGCAAGAGCCGCUGGUCCUCGUGGAUAAACAAAGACCGACCUACAACGGGUGACGGAGAUAGAGAGUUAUGGUCAAAGACAGAAAAGGAAGCUUUUUGUGGUCAGGGAUAUAUCACCGGUAUAGAAUGUGUCUCGGACAGCGGAAUACCUUCAUACAGCACAGGGGAGAUAAUGCAAUGUUCUAUCGAAGGUGGAUCUGUUUGUUUGAACGCUGACAACUUCCCGGUUGCAUGCAGUGACUAUAAAAUUAGAUAUUUCUGUACAUGUUCUGAUACACAGACACCCGUACCGAGCACACCAGUAUCAGGAAAUCACCCACCUACUUUGCAGACGACAAAGAAACCGCCGUAUGGAGAUCAACACGCUACUCAGACAUUGCCUCAGUACUUAUCAACUAAAACACACCAAAGCACUACCAUGCUGGUUCCAGUAAUGUGCAAGGAGGGCUGGUCAACUUGGAUUAACCGGGACUCGCCAAACAAUGGAACCGGUGACAUUGAAAGAAUGACACAGCGUGAAAUGAGCAACUUUUGUUCUGGAGGUAGAAUGUCCGAGAUUGAGUGUAUAACGUCAUCCGGAAUACCCUCGUACAGUACCGGCGAGAUCAUAUCAUGCUCGGUAAAUAACGGACUGGAAUGCCUGAAUGAAAACAACUUCCCUGUAACUUGCAGCGACUACAAAGUCCGAUAUUUACUGUCUGUGUUGAUGCUGGUAUAUUGCAGAGUUCCAACAUUACCUCCGCCCAGAAUAUCAACAGAACGCCCGACACUUUCACCACCAACAGGAUCAACACAGAAACCGGAAGUAAUAAUUACUCAAACACUGCCACAAUCAUUAUCGACAAAAGCACGCCCAAGCGCUACCAUGCUAGUUCCAGUAAUGUGCAAGGAGGGCUGGUCAACUUGGAUUAACCGGGACUCGCCAAACAAUGGAACCGGUGACAUUGAAAGAAUGACACAGCAUGAAAUGAGCAACUUUUGUUCUGGAGGAGUUCCAACAUUACCUCCGCCCAGAAUAUCGACAGACCGCCCGACACUUUCACCACCAACAGGAUCAACACAAAAACCGGAUGUAAUAAGUCCAAAUACAAUAACAGCAGCCGACAAAACAACAACGGAUCAUCCAAUGCCUAACCACAUUACAAAAAUACCUGUGACAGAAGCGCCUUGCAUACCAGAAAAUUGUCCACCAAUGAUCAGACCAACAGUUAAGGCAGGAGAGGUGUUGAGAAUUGUAUUUGACGACAGAGGGUGCUGUACCAAGUACGAAGUGUUCUGCAAACCAGAGGAGUGUUCCCCACCUACCCUUGUGUGUCCUACACCAAUGGUCUUACAGCCUGCUAAUCCACAUGAAUGUUGUCCUACAUACCGAUGCAUGUGUCCUCCAUCCUGUCCUGCUGUACAAAAGCCUAACUGCUCACAUGGAUCAGAGACAGUUGAAAUUAAAGUUGGCUGUAACUGCACACAGUUUGCAUGUGUUUCAAAAUCAUCACAGACAAGUACCUGUACAUACGUUGGUGCGCAGAAUAAUUCAGUUUCAGGUUCUUCAAAUGCAACACAGACUUAUCAGAUUGGCGACUCUUGGUCAGAUGGACAAUGCAAACAAUGCGCAUGCGUGGAACGACUUGGAAGGGCAGAAAUAUCGUGCCAGGAAAAGAUAUGUCCUGUUUGUCAAUUGGGCUACAAAAGUGUUCGCCAAGCCGGGGAGUGCUGUGGGAAAUGUGAGCAAACAGGAUGUGUGAUUAAUGGAACUGUAUACACGGUAUGUAUGCACAUACAAUGA